UUGUUUGCUAAAGUGCUGCUGCUGCGCCGCUCGUGUGCUGCAAAUUUUCUUGAAACCCACCAAUCCCAAAUCCCAAAUCUCAAUCUCGAGAGGAUCAAACCAGUGUGCCACGUACAGCCCACUUAUUAGUUAUCUAAACCAGUUGUGGUUGUGGUUGUGGUUGUGGUUGUGGUUGUAGUUGGGGUUGUGAGUGUGACUUUCAGUUUUCCUUUUAAUAUCUGUUCACACUUUCUUUACCUUUCCUUGUUCCGCCAUUCUCUCUCUUUACAUUGUCAAACCCACAAAUAUUACUGGCUUGAUACAGAGCACUCUUCGUAGAGUAGAGUUUAUGGGUCUUGUCUUCCUCUUCUUCUUCUUCUUCUUUUUUUUUUAAUUAUUUAUAAUAAUAAACAUUACAUUUAAAAUUUAAAUAAAUAAAUAAAGGGUUUGACCCUAGGAAGGACGGUGAUACUGUUAGGAUAGUCUGUUAGCUUAACAUUGAUCUCGAGGUACAAUCUUUGAACCUUGAAGCUUCGGUCUCUGUUUUCUUCAUUGGAUUAUUAUUAUUAUUAUUCAACCUUUCCAUGUGUAUUGGGAUUCUUAAUUGUUUCUGUUAGAAUAUGCCGACAAUGGGUUUCGAUUGAUGGUCUUGUUGGGGUUGCUAGCUGGUACCUAGUAUCUGGCCAUGUCUCUGUAUCACCAAUAUUUUAGUAUUGUUUUAGUGUUUUUGGCAUUGCAUGAUGUGGAUUACUUCGAAUCCAGCACUCUGUUUGGCAUAGUUUAGUCAGUGAAACUCGGUCCGUGAAUUCUGGCCUUUGGUUGGUAUUUAAAGGUUUUGUGGGUGCUUCACUUUGAUUAGGCAGAGCAGAUAGGUGGAGAGGGGGGGUUUGAUGUGGAAUUUUGGUAUUGAAACCUCUGCAAGACAUGCUGAGCUUUGAUGGAGUAGGAGAAGAGGUCUUCUUUGAUUCUGCAGAGUACUUUUUGUUGUCAUCUGAAGAGUCUGUUGUUGUGAAAGAAGAUUUGUUGAAUGGUAAUUUAGGGUUCGAGGUUUGGUUGAAGGAGCCACAGAGUGUCAAGGAAAGACGAGAUAGGUUUCUACGUAGAAUAGGUUUUGUUGAAUUAGCCCGCGCUAGUAAGGAGGAGGAGUCAGAUGAGAUGCUGGGAUUGGAAAGGAUUGUAGAAUGCAGUGGAACUGUCUCUUGUUGUUAUACACCUCAAGUCGAGGAAAAUUUAGUCUGUUAUGGUAGGGAAUUGAGUUGUGAAGAAGCCAAUUGUGGUUUCGACGAAUUAGAGCAAGAUCAGGUCUGCAACCUCAGUGUAGCUGUUGUGGGGGAGAGUUACCGGUCUCAUGUCAAAGAAUGCAAGAUUUUUGAUAUGGAUAAGAAAAAUUUGAGGAAUUGGUGGAAAAAAUUCAUCAAAAACAGGAGGAUGCGAACUCGAGGCACGGAAGUAUUGGAACCAAUUUGUGAAACACCGAAGGUAAAUCGAAUGAAAGUGCACUCAAAAAAGAAGAAGUAUAUGGAGUUAAGUGCAGUGUAUGUUGGACAAGAAAUACAAGCACAUGAAGGCUUCAUUUGGAGUAUGAAAUUUAGUCCAGAUGGCCAAUAUCUGGCAAGUGGUGGUGAGGAUGGGGUUAUUCGCAUUUGGCGGGUUAUGCAGGCAGAUGCCUCUUGCAAAGAAAAAGAAAGUUUACAUGCUCAAGCCAAGUUUGGUGGCCGCCGAGGGAAAGAAGGCAAAAAGCGGAGUCACCCUUCAGUUGUGGUUCCUGAUAAGGUUUUUCAGAUUGAGGAGUUGCCACUGCAAGAAUUUCAUGGCCACACUAGUGAUGUCUUGGAUCUGGCGUGGUCCAAAUCUAAUUGUCUUCUUUCAUCAUCGAAGGAUAAAACUGUUCGUCUUUGGCAAGUGGGCUGCAAUGAAUGUAUUAGUGUUUUUCAACACAAUGACUAUGUGACAUGCAUUCAGUUCAAUCCCGUCAAUGAAAAUUACUUCAUGAGUGGCUCUAUAGACGGAAAAGUUCGAAUUUGGGGAGUGACCGAGAGACAAGUUGUUGAUUGGGCUGAUGUAAGAGAUGUAGUAACUGCUAUAUGUUACCACCCAGAUGGCAAAGGCUUCAUAGUGGGCUCUGUCACCGGCACCUGCCGGUUUUAUGGAGCAUCAGAUGGAAAUCUCCAGCUAACUACAGUGAUAAAUUUCCGGGGUAGAAAUAAAUCCUCCAGCAACAAAAUUACUGGCAUUCAGUUUAACCAGGAAGACUCUCAGAGAGUAAUGAUAACCUCAGAAGAUUCCAAAGUUCGUAUACUCGAUGGGACUGAUAUUGUCCGUAAAUACAGAGGUCUUGCAAAGUCAGGAAGUCAGUUGUCAGCUUCGUUUACUUCAACUGGAAGGCAUAUAGUAUCAGUUGGGAAGGACUCUCGUGUUUAUGUUUGGAACUAUGACGAUCCAUGCAUCUCAUCAUCCACACAAUCAAAUUCUGUACGUUCAUGUGAGCAUUUCUUCCUUGAAGGCGUCUCACUAGCAAUUCCUUGGUCGAAUAAUAAUACUUCUACUACUACACAAUCAAGAGAAAAGGGUUGUUCGGAUUGUUGCUUACAGAUGUCACAAGAUCAGCAGCACAAGCCUUCUUCUUCAUCUUCUUCUUCUUCUUCUUCUUCUUCAGGGCGUUUUUCGCUCGGUAAUUGGUUGUUCUCCAUGGAUGUCUCAUGUAGUAGUAAGAGGUCCGUAACAUGGCCAGAGGAGAAUCUUCCUACGUGGGAUGUACACACUGCGGAGCAUCAUCAUCAUGAAGCUGUAUCGGCCACGUGGGGUCUUGUUAUAGUUACUGCAGGUUGGGAUGGAAUGAUUAGAACAUUCCACAAUUACGGAUUGCCCGUCACCACUUAGGGCCUGUUUGAUUCCACUAUUAGAGCGUAGGAUUAGAUUGUUAAUCCAAUCAUAUACAUAUACUUGUGUUUGGAUGGCAUAAAUGAUGACCGGCUUAGUAAUACAUAGGACUUCUAACCCCACAAAAUCAUGACAUAUUCAAUACCAUAUAAAGAUAGGUAUUAAUAAUCUCACACAUACUUAUACUACUAAUGAAGGUAGACAGUCAAUCCAAUGGUUAAUGCCAUGGAUUAUUAAUCCUGUCCCUAUUAUUCCAACCAAUCAAACAAGCCUUUAGAGAACUUCAAAUACAUCACUAAAGAGUAAAACCCAAACACACAUACAUGUACACCACCUUGAGGAGCGACAUAUACUAUGAAUGAUGAUGUGUGGUGGUUGAUUGUUUCACUUGUAUAUCCCAUUAAUCCCGUACAUAUUUCAACCUAAUACAAGAUCAAGUCGU